AUUUUGCUAUGGAGAGUAUCCCUUUUUUUUUUCCGAAUUUUCCUAAAUGAUUUGGAUAACACUACUCUGGGCGACUCUCCUGACGGCUGUCGUUUCUCGACCAGAAGAGAGACGAGGAAACUUGGCCGUCUGCGAAACCAUUUCCCGUGCAAUUUCGUCUACCAGCGAUGUUUAUUAUCCGGGAGAGCUGACUUACCUAAGGGAUAUCUACCACUGGGCUAUCUCCAGCACCCAAUAUUCUGCGUGCACCGUUGAGCCUGGUACUGCAGAAGACGUUGGCAUUAUUCUUCGAAUACUCUCGUCUACUCAGACGCCGUUCGCAGUCAAAGGUGGGGGUCACGCGUCCAAUCCAGGAUUCUCUUCUACGACGGGAGUGCACAUAUCCAUGUACCUUUUUUCAGAAGUGACAUACGACCCUGCGUCAGAAACCGUGGUUAUCGGUUCUGGCUUGAUAUGGGACGACGUGUACGAGUCUCUUGCACCACAUGGCGUAAACGUUGUAGGUGGGAGAGUUACUGGUGUCGGUGUAGCGGGAUUUAUUCUCGGUGGAGGCUUCUCAUGGUUGACCAAUCAGUACGGCUUAACUAUCGAUACUGUUGUGGCGUAUGAACUCGUGAAGCCCAAUGGCGAGAUAGCUACAGUGACAGCAAAUUCUGAUGCUGAUCUCUUUUUCGCUCUCAAGGGCGGACUCAAUAAUUUUGGCAUUGUGACAAGAUUCACGCUGAGGACUUUCCCUCAAGGUCAAGUAUGGGGUGGACUAAUAACCUACACGCAAGAUCAUCUCUCUGAAGUGAAUGCCGUCGCAGUGAAAUUCGCAAAUGAUGUCACGGAUCCUAAAGCUGCGAUAAUCACUACCUACAAUUUUCUGCUUGGACAGCCUGGAGUCUCUCAACUACUGUUUUACGACGGGCCUACUCCUCCCGAUGGCAUUUUCGAUGAUUUCCUUGCGAUACCUCACUUUUCUAUGGAUGUCAAAACGAGAGACUUUGUGUCCCUCGUUCUCGCAUCACCUUCCAAUGCAACAGCUAAUUUAAGAGGAGUUUUUAACACUGUAUCUCUCCUGAGAUACUCCGAUACCCUGAUAGACGCCAUCGUGAAUGAGACGACGUUCUGGGGCGCGAGGCUGGGCUUCGACUCCGGGCUUUUCAUCUCUUAUGACGUUGAGCCAUUCCGUCCCAACAUCUUCUCGGUCAGCGACACCCGUACCGAUUCUGCAUACCCGCCUUCCCGUUCAGUUGGGCUUCUCCCGCUGAACUUGUAUUACGCUUGGGCCUUUGAAAUAUCAGACGAUACCUUCCAAGAUGCUAUCCGGCAAAGUGCAGCACAUUUAUACAAUGUUGCUGUUGGCCAGGGUCAGUCUGACAUCGUCGGUGCCGUCGUCUACCCCAAUUACGCCAUUUUUGACACCCCCGUGGAAAGCCUCUACGGAAGCAAUGUGGCAAGGAUGAAGCAGAUAAAAGCUUCUGUUGAUCCUGACAAUGUUAUGGCUUUGGCUGGAGGGUUUAAAAUUUAACAUAUUUAGUGUAUGCCAAGAACGCAAUGUCUCGAACAGUUCAUAUAAUCCAAAACAAUUAAGAUG